AUGCAUGCCCUUAUACCAUUGAAUGCUCUGGGUCCACCUUCAAGACACUGGUCUGUGGAUCAGGCGAACCACCACUCCUCUUCCAAGAAUCAGUUUGACAGGUUCUUUAGGAGGUUCUCCUUCUCUUUUCAACCCAUCCUUUUAAACACAAUGGCACCAAAGAAGGACGUGAAGAAACCUGCUGCCGCUGCUGCCCCAGCCCCUGCCCCUGCGCCUGCCCCGGCACAUGAACCUGCACCUGCACCUGCCCCACCCAAAGAAAAAAAGAUUGACCUCUCUGCCAUUAAGAUCGAGUUCUCUAUGCAACAGCAGGAUGAAUUCAAGGAGGCAUUUCUCCUAUAUGACAGACAAGGCGAUAACAAGAUCACCUUAAACCAGGUUGGUGAUGUCCUUCGGGCUCUGGGCACAAAUCCCACCAAUGCAGAGGUCAAGGAGGUUCUGGGAAACCCCAGCAAUGAAGAGAUGAAUGCCAAGAAAAUUGAGUUUCAACAAUUUCUGCCCAUGUUGCAAUCUAUUUCCAACAAAAAGGACCAGGGCACCUAUGAAGACUUUGUUGAGGGUCUGCGUGUCUUUGACAAGGAAGGCAAUGGCACCGUUAUGGGUGCUGAACUUCGUCAUGUUCUAGCUACGCUAGGUGAAAAGAUGAAAGAGGAAGAAGUGGAAGCCCUGCUGGCAGGUCAAGAAGACUCCAAUGGCUGCAUCAACUAUGAAGCUUUUGUCAAGCACAUCAUGUCUGUCUAA